AUGGCCGCUCUUCUUCUUACUUGCCUAGGUCUGACGAGCUCGAAACUUAGAGCGAAGCAGAGAGCGAAGAAGGAACGCAAGCAAGAGUACGAGGAGAACUUUGACGUGCUCAAGGAACAAAAUGCACACAGAGUCCGACAAUUAUCAAACCAAGGAUUGUAUCAAGGAUCAUUGGAUGGUAGAACUUUGUAUGGCGACGGUGUUACCGAUCACGGUCCUGAAAUGCAUCAAACCUCAAGAAGUAACUCCACCGUACACAUGACAGCACCUGCACCAGCACUUCCAAAAUACGACGAUAUUGUGGAAGAAACGGCGACAAGGCAUCCUGGAUGA